CGCUAUCUAAUUUCAGCAGGAAAGUUUUUCCCCCUAAAGCAAGCUUCUUGUCGUAAAAGGUUGCUUAGCAUUCUUAUAUAUUUAGACAGAUUUUUUUUAACAUUAUGUUUUAGUUGUACAUCGCCUGUCUUGUUUUGAUUCUCAGAAGUGCGUCCAUGAAUCUUGAGUUAACUUUUGUUGUGAAGUUUAGAGAUGGAGGAAAACACUCAAGAUCAAUUUCUUCUUUUUGCUAAAGAGGGCAAUUGCCCUCCCAUCCAGAAGCUGCUUCACUCAAGAAGAGACAAAACCAACUUGGUUGACAUUAAUUGCAGAUCCAAGUCUAAAAGCACCUUAGGAUGGACAGCUCUUCAUCUGGCCUGUAACUCUGGCCACAGGGAUGUUGUGGAAGAGUUACUCAAGGCAGGGGUGGAUGUAAAUGUGCAAGAUGGCAUUGGUGACACCCCUCUACACAAAGCCGCAUACACAGGAAGAAAGGAAAUUGUUCUGCUGCUGCUCCAGUACAAUGCCUGUGCCAAUAUAAUCAAUGGUACAGCUAAAAUCCCCAAAGAUGUCACAGAUGAUGAUGAAAUCAUUACCAUGCUGGAGGCUGCAGAGAGGAGGGAGAUGAGGCGACGAGAGGAGAGGCUUCUGGAGGCUGCUAGAGAGGGGGAUCUCUCCACUCUGUCUAAAUUGAUCAGUGCUAAGGAGGCUCCUGAUAUCCACUGCAGAGAUUCAGUUGGAAACACUCCUUUGCACUGUGCAGCCUACAGAGGGCAGAAGCACUGCAUCAUAAAGCUGCUGAAGUCUGGAGCCAGCUCAAAUAUCAGGAAUAGUAACAAUCAGACCGCUCUGGAUCUGGUUCAAACUGAUGAACUCAAACAGAUGAUUGCAGCGUAUCAAACAAAGGAUGUGACCAGUGAAGUGCAGAAGGUCGAGGGCCCUCUUUGGAAGAGUUCACGUUUUCUUGGUUGGCGAUCGUACUGGGUGAUAAUUGAGAAUGGAAAAAUCUCCUGGUACCCCACACAAGCCGAUGCACAGGCUGGAGUUAGAAAACAGGGAUGCAAAUCUCUUUCACAAGCCUAUUGCAUGGUGAAACCGUGGGAUCACUGCUUCUUCAUGCUCAGGUGCAUUGACGACACUGUGCAUAAUUUCAAGGUGCCCUCAAAGAUGGACUCCAUAGCAACGAGGAAGAGAUGGCUGGAUGCUUUGGAGGAGCAUGCAUCCUACAGCGCUCGUCACUUCAAUAAAGACCAGAUUGUUUUAGAUGCAGGUAGUGAUGGUAAUAUGGAGAUGAGAAAUUUGACACAAGCUGUUCAGUCAGCCAAGGUCUGCCAACAUAAACUGGAGAAUGAAGUGUCAAUAUUUGAAUUCAUGGUGAAGAAUGAAGAGCACUCUGGUAUGGCUGUACACCUUCUACUUAAAGCCAAAGAGACCAGCAAGCUUUCAAGUAAAACCUGUGAUGUUCUUCAACUAUGCUUUGAGCUGCUUUCAAAACAAGAAGAGGUGUGGAGCCUGAAGGUAGAGCAGGAAGAGGAGAAGAACAAAGCUCUGACAGAAGCCCUGCAGAAUUUGGCAACUGAGCACUACGAACUCAAGCAGUCCUUAAGUAGGAGCAAGAGGUCGUCUGCACUUUGUACUCUCACUGAAGAUGACUUCUAUGAUGCUAUCUCAGAGUCUGAGUCGGAGCUUUCUGUGAGCGGCUUUCUGUCUGUGGCCAGCUACCCCUGGGAAGAGGACGAGGGCAGUGACACCUCUCUACAAAACAGCCUCCAUCAUCCCAGAGCACACGGGGGGGCUGCCGGCAUGUCAGGGGAGGGUAACGAUGGCAACAAAGCUGCCCAGCACAAUGGAGUGAGGAAGCACAGAACAUCUCUGCCUGCUCCAAUGUUCUCCAGGAAUGAUGUGAGCGUCUGGAGUAUUCUGAAAAAAUGCAUCGGCAUGGAGUUAUCUAAGAUCGCCAUGCCUGUGAUCUUUAAUGAGCCUUUGAGCUUCCUCCAGCGGAUCACAGAAUACAUGGAGCACACCUACCUCAUCCACCGAGCUAAUGCUGCUACAGACUCAGUAGAGAGGAUGAAGUGUGUUGCAGCUUUUGCUGUGUCGGCUGUAGCAUCACAGUGGGAGCGCACAGGGAAGCCCUUCAAUCCGCUACUGGGGGAGACGUAUGAGCUGAUCAGAGAGGAUCUGGGCUUCAGGUGGGUGUCCGAGCAAGUGAGCCAUCACCCCCCAAUCAGUGCCUUUCACGCUGAGGGCCUCAAUGAGGAUUUUCUCUUUCAUGGUUCGAUAUAUCCCAAGCUGAAGUUCUGGGGGAAGAGCAUAGAAGCAGAACCCAAAGGAACCAUAACUCUAGAGCUGCCCAAAUACAAUGAAUCCUACACCUGGACAAACCCCACCUGUUGUGUCCACAACAUCAUUGUUGGUCAGCUUUGGAUUGAGCAGUAUGGGAACGUGGAAGUGAUCAAUCACAAAACUGGAGAGAGGUGCAGCAUGACAUUCAAACCCUGCGGCCUCUUUGGAAAAGAGCUUCAUAAAGUCGAAGGAUACAUUCAAGACAAAAGUAAAAAGAAACUCUGUGCGAUAUAUGGCAAAUGGACUGAGUGUCUCUACACAGUCGACCCCGCAAAUUUUGAUGCCCACAAAAAGACGGAUAAAAAAAACUCUGAGGAAAAAAAGAGCAACAAAGAGAGCAAUGUUGAUGAAGAAUCAGAAGAAAAGCCUCCACCUGAUGCUGAGACAGUCCAGGUGAUCCCCGGAAGCGAGCUCAUCUGGAAGAUUGCACCUCGACCGGAAAAUUCAGCCAAGUUCUAUGCAUUCUCCACAUUUGCCAUGCAACUGAAUGAGCUGGACAAGAGCAUGGAGGGGGUCCUUCCUCCCACCGACAGCCGCUUAAGGCCUGACAUUCGUGCCAUGGAGAAUGGAGACAUAGAUCUGGCAAGCUCACAGAAGAAGAGACUUGAGGAGAAACAGCGCACAGCCCGUAAAAACCGCUCCAAAUCCACAGAGGAGUGGAAAAUAAGGUGGUUUCAGCAAGGACCCAAUCCACACAUCAAAGCUCAGGACUGGCUCUACGCAAAAGGCUACUGGGACAGGAGUUACAGUCAACUGCCUGACAUUUACUAAAUGUAAAACAUCCUCAGAUACACUUAUGGAUUUCCAUUUUACUAACUUUGGACAUCUGCUGCUGCUCUGGUGAUGCAUUACCAGCUCAACAAUGGAGUCGGUAUAGAAAGGGAGAUACGGUUUGGGAGGUAAAAUAAUGUGUGUGAACAAUAAAGCACAAAAACUCUUAUUUAUUGUGGCUCUCAACCACUGAUGUAAAGGUAAUAGCAUGUAGUGGAACUGCUAGAAUGUAUUUUAGAACUAUUGCGUUAGUUUAACUCAAGCGUGCUCAUUAUUUCUAUUCAGUCAGGAGAACAUUUUACUCAUCAGUGUCAGUGCAGUGAGGUGCGAACAGCCCUUCAAGCAGCUUAGCCUGAGCUCAUUUUCCCUAAACACGGCUUUGGCACUGAUUGACACUUGUUCAUGCAUAUUAUGCAGUGCAGAGUUUUACAGUAGAUAACUGAGAUAGAUUUGCCUUUUCCCCACAUGAUACAGUGAGUGGUGCAGAUAUCUGGUGUUUACAUGAAUGUGAUAGAAUAUUUUGCCCUCGGCUUAUGAGAAAAAGUCACUAUAUUUAAUUGUAAUGCGUCUACAUAUAUCCCGAUAAACAUGUGCUUGCAAAAUAUUAGAUUCUGAAAGAGAAUGACUAAUAUAAUAGUUUGGUUUGAAAAAUAAAAAAACAUCCUAAA